CGCAAGCGGGCGACUAGGAGGCCAGGCGCGAUGGACUCGGCCUUUCCCGGUGUCCAGGGUCAGGCCCAGCCGCCGCCACCCGAAACGUGGCCGCUGGUUGGCUCCGAGGAGACGCUCUAUGCCUGUCCGGAUUACUACUACCUGCGCGAUUUCCCGGCCUGCGGGGCCGGGCGCAGCAAGGGCCAGACGCGGCGCGAGCGGGAACUGCGCACCAACUGGCGGGUGCCCGGCGGCCACGAGCGCAGGAUCGCGCAGAAGCUCAACGGCCAGCGCCAGCGUCGCCAGCGCCAGCUGCAGCCCCGGCCGCGCACACGUCUCGCCUGAGCGCUGGUGCGUGCGGGCCCGCGCGAGCGCCCUGGUAACGCUCCGGAUACCCAUACCCAAAGGACCUGAUAAAAGUAUUUUCUCUGACUCCAGCUGUAACUGUGGUCCUAACGGGAACAGUCCAUGUUGGUUAACAGAACUUCUUUUCGACAUCGCUUAAGUUCAGUAUCUUUUCCUUACUGAUUGUUAAUUAAGUAACAUCCAAGUGGGUAUGCCUGUUUAGGGUUUUUAAUUAAAAGAGCAGCAAG